GUCAGUCAGUAUCGCAUUAGUUUCGAUGUGCUAGGCGAGCGCACAAACGUGCGCCGCCACAUAGUGAGAAGAAUAGGUGCAGAAGUGUAUUUAAAGAAGAUGCCGUCUUUUUUCACAUAGUGGGAUUAGAAUCCAACCGAUAGUAGAAAGUACUCGAAGGAGAACCGCGUGCGGGCCCACCAAAUAGGUCGGGCCCGCCACUGCUGAAAGUACUACAAAGCAAUACAUAAGCGAGGUUAAGCAAAAAUGGAGCAGUUUGAAUCGCUGCUGACUUGCUGCGUGUGUUUGGACCGGUACAGGAAUCCUAAGUUGCUGCCAUGCCAGCACAGCUUCUGUAUGGAGCCCUGCAUGGACGGCCUAGUCGACUACGUUAGACGACAGGUCAAAUGUCCAGAAUGCCGUGCAGAGCAUCGAAUUCCCUAUCAGGGAGUUCAAGGGUUCCCCACAAAUGUAACGCUCCAAAGAUUUUUGGAGCUCCACGCUCAAAUUGCUGGGGAACUUCCAGACCCUACUGCUGGGCAAAUUAUGGAAAGGUGCAAUGUUUGCUCAGAAAAAGCGUACUGCGCUUUAUGUGCACAUUGUGACAAAAAAGUUUGUGAUGACUGCAAAUCUGCUCACAUGGAGGUAUUACGUCGCGAAAUUGUAAGGAUAAAUAAUCAAGUCCGUCGUGGCAUGAACAGGCUACAAGAUAUUUUGGGUGUUGUCGAACGCAACACGACGAAUCUCCAAACAAACUGCGCAGCAGUUGCGGGUGAAGUCGACGAAAUUCACAAAAGGCUCGCCAAAGCUCUGAAAGAUAGAACCGACUUCUUGCGCACUGAAGUAGAUCGGUAUCUAGCAACUGAGCUUAGAAAUCUAACUCAUCUCAAAGAUAAUUUAGAAUUAGAAUUAAGUAACAUACAAAGUAAUUGUGAUCUCGCCGAAAAGCAUAUGAACGAUGACACUGAAUGGGAAGACACAGAACUUAUGGACACGAAGGAAAUUUUCCUAAAAACUGUGGAAUUCUUAAGGAACUUCGAUUACGAAGCUGGCGAUUACAAUCGUAGAGUGCGAUUCAUUAUGACGCACGACCCCAACCAACUUGUAAUGCAUGUCGCUAGCUAUGGAGAAUUGAAUAUAACUCAACCCAACGCUUAUUCUGGGGGUCUACAGCCAAGUCAAGGUCUAACUAGAUCGAAGAGUGACCAUCGCUUGGCGACGCAAUUUAGACAGCAAGAAGAAUCCAAGAAUUACUACGAAAACGAUGAACCGAUUCUUGGCGGACGUAAGUUCGGAGAACGUAGACCGCCACCGCCCGAAAGACAUACCCGAGAUUAUAAUGUCACGGAUGACUAUAGCGGAUAUGAGUCUGAGCACCGACCCCGUAGGUUCCGCUCACGUUUUGUUAGAAGUCACCAACAAGACAACGAUUCUGAUACAGAACAAAGUAUUCGUUCAGCUAAAACAGAAAAACAAGAGAAGGAAAAAGAGAAAGUUGUAGAUACAGAAGAUGCUACCAGAGGACCUCUAAGCGGCAUUUUCAGGCUAAGCGAUUGUCCACGAGUAAUGCAACGAAUUAUGGAUGCAGAAAGUGGAAAGAAGAAAGAGAAGAAAGAACCUCCGCCACCACCUAAGCCCGUAGUUCAACCGACACCGCAACCUCGCCGUCCUCCACCUGCUCAAAGGCAACAAAGUGAGGAUGAUGAAAUAACACGCCUUAAAAGACAAAACAAAGGCGCAGCUUCAUCACAAGAACCAGAUCGUCCAGCCCCGAGACCUGUUGAAGAAGAAAGAACUUCGAUAGCACGCAAACCACCUACACCAGCUCGGGAGGCGUCAAGCGAUGGUGAAUCUGAUGAAUCAGUCGGAUCUUUACAACGUACUCAACAACGUAAAGCUCCACCUCCAGUACAAAAACCCGCAGCGACCGGUAGAAGACCAUCCGCGGAUGCUCCUACACCACAUAGACCGGCUGCAAGAGCACCUAGCACAGAAUCAAGCGCAUCUACAGAAAGUUCUGGCUCGGCGGUUAAGCAUACAGGUGCAAUAUUAACCAUCGCAGAAUUAAAAGCAAAAUAUUGCAGUGGUGGGCCAAAACCAAAUCCUCGAUUAUGUUCCACAGGAAACGAGAGAACUGCACCGGUUACAACCAACGGUACAGCUGGAGGUGCGCAACGGGUACAGAGCCGCUUUGUUGGCUCGCAGAGACCUACGCCCGCUCCGGCUCCCGCCGAGCCGGCGCACGAUGAAGAUUCAGAUACGAGUUCCGAAGAGGAAACAGAUUCGUCAGAGGAGAGUGAAGAGGAGCCUGCACCUCAAAGAAAGCCCGAGAGCCAGGCGAUGGCUCGUAGUGACAUCGGCCCUUUACUCGCGCGUAGUUCAAAUGCUCGCAGUGAUGCUCAUGAUAACAAAUCCAAAGAUCCUCCACCUUCACAAACUCGGUACCGAUCAAGGCAACCAUCUCAAACUGAAGAGGAGCCCGCACCACGAUACGGUGCCGGUUCUUCUUACAACAAUCGUUAUGGCAGCAAGCCAAGAGAAGAAGAAACGACGUCAUCCAUAGAUGAUGAUUCUAAAUAUCCAACGGCCAGAUCGAGAUAUCUCGCCUUAAAAGAACGGCGAAACCGUCUCGCAAGAAGUAAAAGUAGUCACACCGGAUUCGGUGCGGGAGACGACGAUGAUCAGGACGAGCCUGUGUCUCCAACCACGGCAUCGCCAUCGGCGUAUUUGGCGGCUCGGUACGGCUCCGGGACCGGAGGGUCGGAGUUGUCUCGUAGCAGGUCAUCUCACGCGCUGAAGUCUAGAGAAAGCUCGCCAGAACGACCACCGACUGGCGAGAAAGAUGGAGCAGCACUCAGCUCGUGGGCAAGGUACUUGAAAAACAAGUACGGCUCGCGCGGUAAAGAACGAGACACGAGUGGCACGUCCUCGAGCGCGUCGCGUCGUCUGUCUCUCGGGCUGCCUUUACGCUCGGCAAACGAGCUUGCCAGUUCUGAUGACGAUUCAAAAAACGCGGCAGGCUCCCCCAUCUCCCCUACGGCGGCUACAGCAGCGGUAGCAGGUUUCGCAGCAGCAGGUUCCUCCCCUAGGAGCCAGUAUCUGCAGAAACGCCGAUUACAGUUCAGCGUGGGGAGUCGGGGGAGCGAACCUGGUUGUUUCACAUGGCCUCGUGGUAUCGCUGUAGGUCCAGAUAAUACUAUGGUCGUGGCCGAUUCGUCAAAUCACAGAGUACAGGUGUUCGACUCUAAUGGAAUAUUCAUCAAGGAGUUCGGUCAGUAUGGAAGCGGCGAAGGCGAGUUUGACUGCUUAGCAGGAGUUGCUGUUAACCGCAUUGGGCAGUACAUCAUAGCUGAUAGAUACAACCAUCGCAUACAGGUUUUUGACCCUCAAGGUCGCUUCCUAAGAGCCUUCGGGAGCCAAGGUACCGGAGACGGCAAGUUCAACUACCCAUGGGGCAUCACCACUGACGCCCUCGGAUUCAUAUACGUGUGUGAUAAGGAAAAUCAUAGAGUGCAGGUGUUCCAAUCCGACGGCACCUUCGUGGGUAAAUUUGGUUCCUUCGGGGCCAAGCUUGGUCAACUAGAACAUCCUCAUUACAUUGCGGUUUCCAGCACCAACCGCGUUCUGGUCUCAGACUCGAACAACCACAGGAUCCAGGUCUUCGAUGUAAACGGUAGAGUUCUGUCUUCGUUCGGCGAAGAAGGGUCCGAAGAUGGCCAGUUUAAGUUCCCGAGAGGAGUAGCAGUGGACGACCAAGGCUACAUCGUAGUGGCUGAUUCCGGUAACAACAGGAUCCAGAUAUUCCAUCCGGAUGGAACCUUCCUCAGGGCGUUUGGCUCUUGGGGCUCCGGAGACGGGGAAUUUAAGGGAUUAGAGGGAAUCGCUGUGAUGACCGGUGGAAAUAUCAUCGUAUGUGAUCGGGAGAAUCAUAGGGUGCAAGUGUUUUAAGUUUCACGAAAACAACAAUAUUUCAUUAUUACGU